GCCUUGGAUGCCCUGAAGGGGGCAACAGAGGAGAUCCCGUGCGUGGUCGGAGACGAACACGUGUGGACGUCGGACGUCAGAUAUCAGUUAUCUCCGUUCAACCACUCACACAAGGUGGCAAAGUUCUGUUACGCUGACAAGUUCCUCCUGAGAGUAAAGAGACGAACUGACUGAAGACACGCACACAGACACACACACACACACACACACACAGCGGUGGAGACGCUGGCUGACGACUUGUUUCUUUUAGUGACGACGUCGACCACAAACAUCUGAGAGUCGGGACCAAAUAUCAGCAUCUUUCAAACAGGUUCAGUGAAAACUGAAUUACAGAUGUUAAUUCUGUGGCUAAAUUUAAUGAAACAAAGUCAUGUUCCUGUUGUUUAUAUAAAACCAGCUGCACUGGACUUAAGGAGAUGAGGUCACGUGAUGCUCAGGAGCUCAUCAACAAAGCCAUCCUGGCGUCAGUGGCAGCGAGGAGAGAGUGGGACCUGACGCCGGUCCAGGACAGAGCCCAGGUCCUUUUCAAGGCGGCUGACGUCAUCAGCGGACCCAGGAGAGCAGAGAUCCUCGCCAAGACCAUGAUUGGACAGGGGAAGACGGUGAUUCAGGCCGAGAUCGAUGCCGCCCCAGAGCUGAUCGACUUCUUCAGGUUCAACGCAAAGCAUGCCAUCGAGCUGGAGACUCAGCAACCACUCGACGCAGAGGGAAGCACCAACACCAUGUUGUACCGCGGCCUGGAGGGUUUUGUAGCAGCUGUGGCUCCUUUUAACUUCACUGCUAUUGGUGGAAACCUUGCAGGUACCCCGGCUCUGAUGGGUAACGUGGUUUUGUGGAAACCCAGUGACGCCGCCAUGUCUGCGAGUUACGCCGUCUACAGAAUUCUGAGGGAGUGUGGACUUCCCCCAAACAUUAUCCAGUUCCUACCGGCAGAUGGUCCCGUGUUUGGAGACACCGUCACCUCCUCUGAGCACCUGGCAGGAAUCAACUUCACCGGCAGCGUCCCGACGUUCAAGCGUCUAUGGAGACAAGUCGGCCAGAACCUGGACACCUACAGGAAUUUCCCUCGACUGGCCGGAGAGUGCGGCGGCAAGAAUUUCCACUUCGUCCACAAGUCUGCAGACGUCCAGAGCGUGGUGACGGGGACGAUUCGCUCAGCGUUUGAGUACGGCGGUCAGAAGUGUUCGGCCUGCUCCAGGAUGUAUGUCCCCGACAGCCUGUGGCCGCAGAUCAAACAGGGACUGUUGGACAUUCACAAAGACAUGAGAGUCGGAGACCCUGUUGAAGACUUCAACACUUUCUUCUCAGCCGUCAUUGACGAGAAGUCGUUCGCUCGCAAUAAGAAGUGGCUCGGUCACGCCAAGUCGUCUCCCAGUCUGAAGGUGAUAGCCGGAGGAAACUGUGACGGCAGUAAGGGCUACUUUGUGGAGCCGACCAUCAUCGAGACCACGGACCCACAGGAGGCGAUCAUGAGCGAGGAAAUCUUCGGCCCCGUUCUGACCGUUUACGUUUACCCUGAGAACGAGUACAAGGAGGUUCUGCAGCUGAUCGACAACACGUCGCCGUAUGCUCUGACCGGAGCCGUCUUCGCUCAGGACCAGUCGGUGAUUGACGAAGCCGCCACCGUUCUGAGAAAUGCUGCAGGAAACUACUACGUCAACGACAAGUCCACCGGCUCCAUUGUCGCUCAGCAGCCGUUUGGUGGCGCCAGAGCUUCAGGUACCAACGACAAACCUGGAGGUCCACACUACGUCCUGAGAUGGACGUCUCCGCAAGUGGUGAAGCAGACACACGUCCCACUCAGAGACUGGAGGUAUCCCUACAUGGGCUGAGACUGGUCCAAUCGGAGCCCUCCGUCCAUCAGCCGAUCGUCCAAUCACAUGGAACAACACACACAAACAAACAAACAAACACAAACACACACACACACACACACACACACACACACACACACACACACACACACACACACAAAAAGACGAGAUGUCUCUGUCUCCUGAGACAGACGUUUGCACUGAACUUGGACAUGAAUGUGCUGAGACGUCGACGAUCGUCUCCAUGUGUCGUACAAACAUCUGAUAUAUAACCCCCCGGAAAAAUCUGAGUUGGGUUAGAGCUGAGCGUUCAGUCGAUUGAUUAAUGGAUGGAUUGAUUGAUUGAUUUAUUGAUUGAUUGACUGCCUGAUGCCACACUAAACUGUUGGUUUGAAGACGUCUUCUUGGACUGUGGGAAGCUGAUGAACAUUUUUCACUGCUUCCAAUCGAUCAAUUAUUAAAUCAAGAUAUCGAUCAAUAAUGAUUGUCUCUUAGAGUCUGAUAAAUCAGAAUAAGCAAUGAAUAGUUUUAUUUUUAAUCUCAUCGCUUUGUCUUUAUUUUAAUUGUGGAUCUUUUCUGCUUCAUCAGAGGAAACUGAAUCGUCCACGUUUGAAGACAUUUUCUGAUAUAUUAUCGUCCGAACAAUUGAUCCAUUAAUGGAGAGAAUUCCUGUUGGUUUCAUUGAUAAUAGACAACCGAUCAUAAUGAGAAGAAGAGAAAACAGAGUUUCUGUUACAGAACAGAGGAUUUUAAUGUUGUGUCGUAAUUUGUUAGUAUGAAUGUGAAGUUGCUGUCGUCUGUGAUUAAGACGCUGCAGUGACGUCGGCUCCGUUCAGUAAAAGUUUGUCUGCAGCUUCAGGUUGUGAGGGCAUUAUUUUCAUGUUGCGUGUGAAAUCAUUUUCCUUCCAUUAAAGUAAAGAAAAAAAUGUUUCAAGUUGCACUUCAUUCUCGAGUUCAAACAAAUGAUUUAUGAUAUUUUAAAUUACGCUGGUGGCCUUAAAAACUUCACAUCUUAGAUUUGUGAAAUAAAUAUUAAAUUAUUAAUAAAAACAGAUUUAAAUGGU